CCUAUCAAGACUAUAUUUACUAUCAUUUCCUCUGCAAGUCUGGGUGUGCUUAGUUCUAUCCUACUCAUACCGUCCACACCAACCAGAUUGAUCCAAUAUGGCGGAACAAACUUGGCACAACUUUGAGACAAUCCAACUGCAUGCGGGUUACACACCGGACCCGCAGACGAGAUCCACCGCCGUGCCAAUCUAUGCAACAGCCAGUUACACCUUCAAUGACUCUGCUCAGGGAGCGCGGCUCUUUGGCCUCAAGGAGUUUGGGAACAUCUAUAGCCGCAUCACGAACCCUACCGUUGAUGUCUUUGAGAAACGAAUCGCUGCACUAGAGGGGGGCAUCGCUGCCGUUGCGACCUCAUCCGGCCAAGCCGCACAGUUCCUGACAAUCGCCACCCUCGCAAAGGCCGGCGAUAAUGUUGUUGCCAGUUCGCAUCUGUAUGGGGGCACAUAUAAUCAGUUGAACGUGCUCCUUCCCCGAUUCGGUGUGACGACCAAGUUUGUGCGAAGUGGAAAGCUCGAGGACUUUGCCGCUGCUAUUGACGAGAAGACGAGAGCCAUCUAUGUGGAGAGUAUGAGCAAUCCUGACUAUGUUGUUCCGGAUUUUGAAGGAAUUGCCAAGAUUGCACAUGACCAUGGUAUUCCGCUGGUAGUUGACAACACUCUUGGGGCUGGUGGCUAUUAUGUCCGUCCCAUCCAACACGGCGCAGAUAUUGUGGUUCACUCCGCGACCAAGUGGAUUGGCGGCCACGGAACGACUAUUGGCGGUGUCAUUGUCGACGCUGGAAGAUUCGAUUGGAACAAGCACUCGGUUCGUUUCCCAGAGAUGGUUGAGCCUUCGCCGGCGUAUCAUGGACUGAAGUAUUGGGACGUUUUUGGUCCUGCCACGUUCAUUACUCGCGUCCGGGUAGAGAUGCUCCGCGAUAUCGGGACCUGUUUGAGUCCUUUUGCAGCACAGCAACUCCUUCUUGGUAUCGAGACUCUUGGCCUUCGCGCUGAACGACAUGCCCAGAACACCGCGAGACUUGCCGAGUACUUUGAAUCCAGCCCUCAUAUCAGCUGGGUCUUGUGGCCCGGUUCGAAAUCCCACCCAACUCAUGCACACGCCAAGAAGUAUCUCACACGGGGCUUCGGAAGUAUGCUGAGCAUUGGAGUUAAGGGUGACGCCACGACCGGAGGCAGAGUCGUGGAUGGACUGAAGCUCGUAUCGAACCUGGCUAACCUUGGCGAGGCGAAGAGUCUCGCCAUACACCCGUGGACAACGACACAUGAGCAGCUUUCCGAUGAGGAGAGACUGGCCUCAGGAGUGACGGAGGAUAUGAUCCGCAUCUCGGUUGGGAUCGAACACGUCGAUGACAUUAUCGCUGAUUUUGAGCAAUCAUUCCAACAGUCCUAUGGAAAGUAGGUCUUUUGAUGGUGUGCGGAUGCACCGCAAGUCGGUAUGAAUGAUGCUAUAGUACUAAAAAUUGAAUUAUGUGUCUAAG